AUGAUAGAGCUGUACAAUUUGCAGAAACUCGAAAAAGAAGAGAAAAUAUGUCGAAUGCUGAGGCACACUAACAUCGUUCAACUCCAUGAAACGAUAUCUGAGGAGACACAUCACUACCUUAUCUUUGAUCUAAUAACAGGAGGCGAGCUGUUUGAUGAGAUUGUGGCCAGAGAAUACUACAGUGAAACUGACGCA